AUGCACCAAUCGGGUGCCACGUCAGCGGGGCCUGCUGCUGACGUGGCCCUCUCUGAUUGGCUGCCUGUAGUGGAGCUGGUGCUAGUGUCAGACGAGGAAGCAGCGACGGCCAUGCCGAAAGUGCUGCCACACGUGUGCAGGUUGAUAGCAGAGAGCGCAGGGUCGUUUGUCAGCUCAGUGCCACGUCACCUGUUGGAGUAUUCAUAUGAGAGCGCUGAGAGCUUCUAUGACGAGGUGGUAACGGCCAUGCUCGGCACUUCGCCCUCGUUGCCAACGGGGGGUGACAAUAAAGGGACGGAGGAGCACUCCUGCCCCUACUCCAUCCUCGGGAUUGCCAAGAGUGCUGCUCCCUCUCAGAUCCGUGCGGCGUACCGUUCAUUGGCAGCCAGGCACCACCCAGACAGGCACAAUACGCAUGACGAUAAGGCCUCUGCUGAGGCCCAGUUUAUGAAG